AUGAGGCCACCUGCCUACCGCUGCGACAACGCCACCUGGGUCGAGCAGGGCUACUCGGCGACGGCGGGCGGACUGCUGUUCAGUGCGGGGCUCCUGGGCAACCUGCUGGCGUUGGGGCUGCUGGCACGCUCGGGGCUGGGGUCCUGCCGGCCGCGGCCCCGGCCCUCGGUCUUCUACGUGCUGGUGUGCGGCCUGACGAUCACCGACCUGCUGGGCAAGUGUCUCCUGAGCCCCGUGGUGCUGACGGCCUACGCGCAGAACCAGACCCUGUCCCGGCUCGCACCGACGCCCAGCAACUGGCUGUGCCAGGCAUUCGCCUUCUUCAUGGCCUUCUUCGGGCUCGCCUCGACGCUGCAGCUCCUGGCCAUGGCGCUGGAGUGCUGGCUUUCCCUGGGACACCCCUUCUUCUACCAACGGCACAUCACCCCGCGCCGGGGCGUGCUCGUGGCGCCGUCUGUGGGCGCCUUCUGCUUGCUCUUUUGCUCGCUUCCCUUCGCGGGCUUCGGGAAGUUCGUGCAAUACUGCCCGGGCACUUGGUGCUUCAUCCAGAUGAUGCACGAGGAGGGCUCGCUGUCCGUGCUGGGCUACUCGGUGCUCUACUCCAGCCUCAUGGCGCUGCUGGUGCUCGCGAUCGUGCUGUGCAAUCUGGGCGCCAUGCGCAACCUCUACACCAUGCACCGGCGCCUGCAGCGGCCCUCGCGCUCCGGCUCGCGGGAGCGAGCGGAGCCCGGCGCCGGCGGCGGGGGCGGCGGCCGGAGGGCGUCCUCACACGCCCUGGAGGAGCUCGACCACCUCCUGCUGCUGGCCCUCAUGACGGCGCUCUUCACCAUGUGCUCCCUGCCUUUAAUUUAUCACUCUUACUACAGAGCAUUCAAAACUCUCAGCCAAGCCCCGGAGGAGCUGGAUGACCUUCGAGCCUUGAGGUUUCUGUCGGUGAUUUCAAUCGUGGAUCCUUGGAUUUUCAUCAUCUUUAGGACUCCAGUAUUCCGGAUGUUCUUCCGAAAGAUUUUCAUAAGACCUCUUAUGUCUAGAAACUGGUACAGCCACUCCUCCCAAACUGACAGGGAAUCCAAUUUGUGACAGAGUUUUACACUC